AUGAGGGAGGCCAAGGUUGAGAAGUUAAUGAACCUUAAGCAGGGAUCCAUAACAGUCAGGGAGUAUUCCUUGAUGUUUGUCAAACUGUCCAGCUAUACUACUUCCCUUGUAUCUAACUGCAGGGAUGGGAUGAACAGGAUCCUCACAGCAAUCAACGGAGUUUUGGAGGAGGAGUGUUGGUAUGCGAUGCUCCACAAUAACAUGGACCUCUCCAUGUUGAUGGUGCAUGUCCAGCAGGUAGAGAACAACCAAAAAAAGAGAGGCGUUCGUGAUGCUAGGAGUCUUAAGCCUCAUGAUAAGGAAGGUCCUAACAAUGGCAGAAACAUGAAUAACUUUGGCAGGAGUACAACACCUAAGGGAGGAAGAACCGAGCCCAAGAGGGGCAAUGGAGGUGAGAUGCAGCGUCCCAAAAAGGUUUGUGCUAAGUAUGGUCGUGCUAACAGUGGAGAGUACAGACAGGGCCCUAAUGUUUGCUUCGGUUCCAGUAAGAACGAGCACAUGGUUAAGGACUGCCCAUGGGAAAGAGGUCAGGCUGGAGGUAAUGAUCAGCCUGGGCCUAAUCCACAGGAUGCAGCAGCAGCCGAGCCUCCUAAGAGGAACAAUUUCUACGCCUUAAGGGAAGGUUAG